AUGCCAAAUAAAAGCUAGGCAAAAGUUUAAAUGUGUUUAUUAAAAAUAUGGGAUAAAAAUACUUUUUAAAGAAUUAUAUUUAUAGCUGAUAAUUCAAGAGAGCAAUGUUUUGAGUUGUUUUUAAGCAACACAUUUGAGACAUAUGGUCCAAGACAAUCAAAAGUCAAAGCAAUGGGGCAUACAUAAAUUUAGUAUGAUAAUGUAUGUUAGAAAUUGGGAUUAAAUGUUAGUAGUCUAGAUCAAGUAGAUUAUCCUUUGAUAUGCAAUAUUUUGUGCAACUUCUACACAGUGCUAACUUUUACAAAGGAAUUGGAUGCAGAUGAUUAUGAAAGAUUUAAAGAGAAUGCUAUCAUGCCAGUUGAUUUGUCUUGUGAAUGUAAUUGCAGAAUGUUUUUAAUUUGUAUAAAAUACCACUCACAAUGUCUUAUUUGGGAAUCCAAGAUAAACCAAUAGGAAUAAGAAUUUAGAUUUAUGAUGCACAUACGAAUACUGAGCAAGGAAUGUUUCUAUCGAUUUCAAAGGAAACAUGGGACAAACUUGAAAUAUAAGUUAAGGGCAAACACUCAAGGAAAUAUGCACUUUAGAAUAAAAUGA